GAUUGCUACAUCAAGUAGUAUUGGAACGAGCCUGACUAUGAGAUAUACUUGCUUAAUCACAAGUUCAAAUAAAUAUUAUUUGGACACACAGAUAAAACUAAGAAAAAAAGAAUACAAUUGAAUAAUGUCACACAUACAAAACUAAGAAAAAAAAAUACAAUUGAAUAAUGUCAAUGAAUAAAUAAGUUUUUUUUUUAAUUUUAUAGGUGAGUGUCUAAGUAGUAUUAAUUUGUGGUUGUGUUCAUGAAAGAUUUUCUUCCCUUGCCUGUAAAAGAUGAGCAAUUUGGAUUAAAAGGUGAAGCAAUGUUGUUAUCAGCAACCCCAGAAAACAUCAUCCCCCACUGUGUCUCUUUUCAGAUUCUUCAACACCCAGAACCCUGAAACCCCGAUUUUUCCAACUCCCUUCUCAAAAUGCAAAAUGGGAGAUCAAUCGAUAAGUGCUUCUUCAUUGGUUUUGCUUAAGCGCUCAUACGGGAAUUUCUCUCCUUUAAAUCCCAAGCUUAUCACCUUUUUAUUUUUAUUUUUAUUUUUAAUUAGUUUGGAUUACACAUAAUCAUAUUUAAAUUCUUUGAAUAUCUAAUUUAUUUUUUGAAACAAUCAAAUUGAUUUGAUCAUAAAAUGAAAUAAGAUAAUUUUCUACUCUGGGUUAACCUAACCCUGUUGUUUUCUUGUUCCUCCAUAUAUAUAACAAGACAACGAAACAGUUUACUCAUAAAACACAAGUUAGUAGCUUCAGAAUUAGGGUUCACACACACUCUUAAUGGGUUCUGUUCAAGGGGAUCGAGCUUUGGAAGAAACGGUAGGUUCGGUUGUAUGUGAUACUACUAUCAAGACAAAUAAGCCUGUUAUUUUUCGUUAUUAUUCCAGAAUGAAAAAGAGUACAAUUGUGGCCGAGGAAGUGAAACCGAAGGAGAAUCAUGGUGGUGGCAGGAAAAGAAAGACAAUUUCUAGUUCUCAAGAGGAGGUAAAGGGUAGUAGUAGUAGUAGUAGUAGCAGCAGCUGCGCUAGAAAAAGUAAAGGGAGUGAUGCUGGAAAGAGUAAACAUAAAACCAUUCAUCAGAUAACUGAUAUAUGUCAGGUUCUUCGCUGUAUGAAGGAAUUGGUAAUAAGGUUUUUGAUUGAGAGAUUAGGCUGAUUGGAAAGAAAGAGAAUUCUGAUUUUGGAAAUACACAUGUAUUCUGAAUCAUACUGUGCGGUGACUAUGCUCGGAGACUUAUGUUUUUGACCUGUGAGGAGUAUACUUAAUUUUGGCCGUAGAAGACUAUCAUGGAUUUGGGGCAGAAGACUAUCAGUUUGAAAUGAAUACUGCAUAUUACUGCAUUGCAAGGACUUCUGUAAGGAGUAGUUGUAAGUCAGAAUGAUGGAAAGAUAUAAUUCAACCUCCAAGUGGGAGAGACAGAAUGAUCAGUUAAGUCGUGCCCCGUAAAUUUUUUUCAAGCAGCACUGUGCGGUCUUCAACGAGCGGAGAGGGGGGUAACUUGAGAAAACUAGAAAGUGACCGUUCAUAUCGCUAUGCUUACCGCCAAAAGGAAGUGGCUAACAGAUUGGGGGAGAUGUUAUACGAGGGAUUAAUUACGCAUAGCACUGGUCCCUUCUCGAGCCCAGUUAUUCUUAUAAAAAAGAAUGAUGGACCUUGAGGAUUAUAGGACACUAAAUAAGGCGAUGGUGCAUAUCCUCUUACUAUGGUUAAAUGACUUGCUCAAUGAACUGGAUGGUUUCAGUAAAAAUAAGGAUUUGGUUCUGAAUAGCUUGGGAGAUUAACUCUGAGCAUUUUGUACGAUGAUAAAAAUAUACAAAGGGAAUCCUUUUGACACAAGGGACUAAACUGUCCUAUAUCAAUCUAAUUACAUCAGAGACUUGAUUAAAAGUGUAUAUCUCAUUCAGAGUUAUAUACAUAGAAAUAACAAAUAUUUAUGUAGAGGAAAUAAGGGAGAGAAAUAACAAAUAUUCUUCACCAUUAUCUCAACAAUUCCCAUUACUUUUCCAAGAAUAUUGACCUCAAAUCUAGGUUCCCUCAAACUAGAGUUAAGGAAGAGUACUUUCAUAAAACGGAUUUUAGAACACAUAAAGGUUCUUCGGAAAAAAAGAACACAUAAAGGUCACCGUCAAAAGUCUGUUAAUACACUGCGAAUUAAAAUAAGAUAAUAUUU